UGGCGGAGAACCAUCGGUAGACAGACCAUAGAUCGAUAUAUGGAUAAUAUUAUUUUUAUUUCUAUUUCAAACAGUGAAUGGAAAGAAAGUCAGCUCAGCUUUAUGUCUUUAUAUAAACAAUUUUAAAUAUUUAUAGCUGAUGAAGUUAAUGAAUUUAAAAUAUUGCUUCUUUAUUCCGCAAUAAUGAGUGAGUUAAUCAGAUCAAGCGAGAGAAGCAGAAAAAUGGAUUUGGAGAGAUUGGAAUCGCAACAAAUAAUAUUAAAGAUGAUGCAACCUUAGAGGAAGCCCCAAACAUAACUAAGAUGGCGAGAGUUGAUCAGGUGAAUGAUAGCAGCCAAGAACGAGUACCAGAGUGCAGCACUGCAUGCUCUCCUAUACAAGAUAAUUCCGGCCAACAACAUUCAGUCCCUGAUGACAAUGCAAUUUUCAUCAAAGAAGAGCCACAUGAUUUGCAAGAGGCAGGUGGAAUUACAGAAGAAGUGGACUUUGGCAGCACAGAGCAGAGUGAAGCAGAGGUGUGCCACAACAGUGCAACACAAAUGGAUGCACAUCAAUCACAUACAAUCUCUGCUGCGGAAAAGUGCACCGAACAAUCUGUGGCCGGCGAGAAGACCAAGAUCUACAGCUGUACUCACUGUAGCUACAUAACCCCCCAGUACUCCAUAUUCCAGAGACACGUCAGCAAACACACUGGAGACAAGAUUUUUGGCUGUGAGGUGUGUGGCUAUAGAAGCAACCAUUCAACUGAUCUGAAGAGACACAUGACAACACAUACGGGCGAAAAACCAUUCAGCUGCCAAGUUUGUGGCUUCAAAUGUUCCAAUUCACAAAAUAUUAAGAGACAUAUGAGGAAACACACUGGAGAAAAGCCAUACAGCUGCGGAUAUUGUGAAUUUAAGUGCGCUCAGUCCAGUCGAUUGAAAAUGCAUAUCAGAACACGCCACACCGGCGAAAAGCCAUUCUGCUGUGAAUAUUGUGGCCUUCAGUUUGCCGAAUCUCAUAAUUUAAAAUCACAUCUCAGAACACAUACGGAAGAAAAACCUUUUAGCUGUGAGUUAUGUGACUUCAAAUGUACUCAGUCAAAUUAUUUGAAAACUCAUAUGAGGACGCAUACAGGCGAAAAGCCGUUUAGUUGUGACUUAUGUGACUUUAAAUGUGCUGAUUCACGCAGUAUGGGAAGACAUCGGCACAUACACACAGGCGAGAAGCGACAUAGCUGCAAUUUCUGUGACUACAAAACAGCUAGAUCAACUAGUUUGAAAACUCACCUCAGAACUCAUACAGGCAUGAAGCCAUUUAGCUGUGAAUUUUGUGACUUCAGUUGUGCAGAUCCACGUAGUUUGAGAAGACAUCAAUCCACCCACAAACAGGCAAUAACCCAUUAAGCUGCAGAUUUUGUGAGACUAAUGCUCGGUUUCUGAUACUCUUAUUAAAUAAAUUGGGAAAUUAAAAUUGAAGUUUCAUCAAAUUUCUAAAUCAUCAUCAUCACACUGAGGUAAUCUCUAUCAUCAUACUAUUUUUAAUGUUUUGUUGUGUUAUAUGUGAUUAAUUUUAAACGUAUAAAUAUAUGAUAAUAAUUAUAAAAGAGAAUUUUGCAGUGCCGUUUUGAGGCUUAACCCCGCCAUGGAGUAAAAACAAUAUUAUAAAAAAUACUUUUUUGUUAUUAGAAAGAACGACUAGAGUGAGGUUCACGUUAUAA